ACUCCCUAGAGCUCCAUGACUCUCUAGCUCACCCCAAAGACUCAACCUUUCUUCACCUUCUGACCCUCAACCCUUUGCUGCUCUCUGCUUUGUGUUUAAGAUGCCAAGGCCAGGUCCAAGGCCCUAUGAGUGCGUCAGGCGAGCUUGGCACAGCGAUAGGCACCAACCCAUGAGAGGCUCCAUCAUUCAGCAGAUGUUCAGGGCUGUCAAUGAGGUUCACAGCGCCAAAACCAAGAACAACAAGGAGUGGCAGGAGAAGCUGCCCAUGGUGGUUUUUAAAGCAGAGGAAAUCAUGUACUCCAAAGCCAAUUCAGAGGCUGAGUACAUCAAUUCCGAUACACUGUGGGAUAGAGCAAAUGAUGCCAUUAACACUAUUAUUCGAAGAGAGGAGGGCAACGAAACCGGGGACCUUUUGCCGCCGUGUGUUGAAGCUGCGCUUAAUUUGGGCUGUGUUGCUGUAAGAGCUUCAAGAAGCCAACGACACAGUAAUCCAAGGAGUUACCUCAUGCCGAGACCACAAGAACCACCUUCUCCACCCACUAGGGUUUUGGAUAGACCAUCUGAUGAAAGACGUCCUCCGUUUUCUCCUCCACAUCACCCGGGAAAUCAAUCGAACUUUGCAAGACCCUCAACUGUGAAUUCUGCACAUUUGGUCCCAGAAUCCCUUAGUCAUGCCAACCAGAGUAGUAACCUGAGUAGCCCUCGGCAUUACCCAUUUUCAGUUGAGAAUGUUCCUGGUGGCCAUAACCAGAUAACCACAAUAUCAACCAACAACCAAUUGAACUUAGGUUCAGUAUAUCCAUUGUAUCAUGGAUUUAGCUAUCCAACUGAAGCACCACAGUUACAGGUCCCAGAGAAUGUACAUUCUAGAACUAUAUAUGUUGGUACACCAGUUACAUCAAUUCAGGAGCCUACCAAGAAGCACAUUUUCACCUCUCAGAGGGCUGAAAAUGUGUCGCACAGAAUUCCCCAAGUAGAUGUCAUGGACAUCCAGGAGAAGCCACGAGAUGAAGGAUAUGAUUUAUCUUUGAGAUUGGGUCCUGUCUCACAUUUAUGUACUGAUAGAAGCUUGGCCAGUCAAAUGGAAGAUAUUGGUUCGAGUAAUUCUCAAGAGGGUGGAAAGCUCCACAAUUAUUCACCAUCUAUAAGUAAGGAGUUCUGUUUCUUUCCUACUAAGACUGCUUAUGAUCCCUCCGAAUCUACUUCAAACAUGUGGAAUUCAGAGGGUGAAGAUCGGAGUUUGGAGGCAACUUUAAGGAAGCGCAAAGCAACUUUUAGAAACAAUGAAGAGGAUGGGCAAUUUUUCAGCCAGCCACCUGGCCAGCCCAACCGGUUUCCUGGUCGAUUUACAGGGCCAGGUUUGUAG